UUCGCAGCCGCACAGCUUCAGAAAAAACGUUGAUCUAAAGAGGAACCUGCGAAUCUCAUCUCAUCCCCAUCCAAGGAGUUUUCUUUUAGCUUACCGACAGAAGCUUGAACUGAAUCAUUUGUCUAUUGUUUCGAUAGUUACCAUGCCGAAGAACAAGGGAAAGGGAGGAAAGAACAGGAAGAGAGGAAAGAACGAAGCCGACGACGAGAAGCGUGAGCUUAUAUUCAAGGAAGACGGACAAGAAUACGCACAAGUCCUUCGUAUGCUCGGCAACGGAAGAUGUGAGUGCAUGUGCAUCGACGGCACCAAACGUCUCUGCCACAUCCGUGGUAAGAUGCACAAGAAGGUUUGGAUUGCAGCUGGUGACAUCAUACUUGUUGGUCUGAGAGACUACCAGGACGACAAGGCUGAUGUCAUCCUCAAGUACAUGUCCGAUGAGGCGAGGCUUCUCAAGGCCUAUGGUGAGCUUCCUGAGAAUACUCGUCUCAACGAAGGUAUCGUUGGUGAUCUUGAGGAAGAUGAUGGUAUUGAUGUUGAUGACUAUGUUGAGUUUGAAGACGAGGAUAUUGACAGGAUCUAAGGUGUUUGUUUGGUUUUUUCUUUACCUUUUCUGGCUUGUAUUGUCAAUUUGAGACGUAUGACUUCUGAGUUUACGGAAGAUACAGGUGGUAAAACAUAUUAUUGUUGGAUACUUUACAACUAUUAUGUUCUUAUUUUGGUUUGGGUUCUUUGUUUUUUGUUUCAUUCUGUUGCAGUGAUUAAAGUUACUUUAGAAUAAAAUGGGCACCAAAAUACUGAUUCUAUUCAACCAAAAAAAAGAGAACUAUAAAAUUCUCUAGCAGAAUGUGAUACUAAAGCUAAGAUAAUAAACAUACUCUUAAAACAAUCUCAUUAUCUAAGAAGUCAAUAACAUCCGGGACUCCAUUCGAAUCCCCGCCUUCAUUCUUCUGAUAAACUCCUCACAUUUCUUGUUUAAAUCUUCCAAACUUAACAAGUUAUCGUUUAUCUCAUCAUCGUUUCUAAUGACAGUGAGGUCUUUACCUCUAUCGUCAUCCUCAACGACCAUUGUCACUUCUUCUUCUCCUCUCAAUAAACCAGCCAUCUCUUCUCCUUCUUUGGAUACACACUGUUUUUCAUGUAGUGUCACUAAGUCUUCUUCUUCUUUGGAUACGUGCUGUUCUUCAAGUAGAGCUACUACUUUCUUCAUUUCUGAUUUUCUCAUGUCGUUGAUCCUUACUUCUUCCGUUUCUUCAACGAUGUUAAUGGCAUUCCCGUGCAAAAGGGUUUUGAAAUUGCCCAUGAUAAAACCUACAAUACCAUUGCAUAACAAGAAUAUGUAUUUCUUGUCCACAAGGUUGAUAUACAUGGAAAGCAAAUGGAGGUUUUGUUGAAGAGAAGAGACUAAAGAAGAGUAAGAUAGAACAAAAGAGAAAAUGGAAGCCAAGGCUAUGAUCUUAGUGACUCUCUUCAUCUUCUUCACUCCGCUUUCUUGUUUCUGAGAUUCCAUCCUUUUCUCUCUUUCUCUCUCCCCUUCGAAUUGAGUUGAAGAAUGGUGAAU